AUGUACGGGGUGGCCAAGGAACAGACAGUGCCAGAACAUCGUCGUGAUAAAAAAUUCAUUCAGAUUGAAAUGUAUGGAGAAAAGGACAGCACAACAGAAAUGGCAAACAGAAAAGUGGAAGUUGAGGGGCUGGCGAGGCAAUAUGCACAGCUGCUGGACGUGUACCGGCUGACAAGCUUCACCCCGGUGCUGAACGUCUCUAUUGCUGGUUGGGCGGUGAGGCGGGACUCUGGAGUCAGCCUGUACCUGCUGCCACGUCCCGACACGUCCAAACGACGCAACAGUCUCCACGGGGCCAAGCUGAAAGCCGGAGCUGCGAUUCUGUUCCCGAAAUAUUUUACUGGGAUGUAUGACUUACGACUGCCUCACCUCGACACCUGGACGAAGAUAACAUAUCCUCUCAUCGAAUAUCUAGGACAGAAUUUUAAUUUCACAAUGGAGGUGUACUACACAGACAGUUACGGGUGGCAGACUAACGGGACGUUCGACGGUGUGAUAGGCAUGAUGCAGCGCGAGGAAAUCCAGAUAGCCGCCUCGUCGCUCUUCAUGAGGCGUGACAGAAUGCCGUACGUGGACUUCGCCGCAGAAGCUUUCUAUCUCAAGACGGCCGUGGUGUUCCGGCAGCCGACGCUGGCGAGCGUGGCCAACAUCUUCACGCUGCCGUUCAGCACGGCCGUGUGGGCGUGCUGCGUGCUGCUGUGCGUGCUCACGCUGCUGCUGUUCGGCGUGCAGCUCCGCCUGGCGGCCAGGCGCGGCAUCGAGGGCGAGCUCACGCACGUCACCUACCCCGAGCUCUUCACGUUCGUGCUCGGCUCCAUCUGCCAGCAAGGUCUGCCCCAGACGCCCACGUCGCUGUCUGGUCGCGUCACGGUGUUCGUCCUGGCGCUGACCUCGCUUUUCCUGUUCACCUCCUACUCGGCCAACAUCGUGGCCCUGCUGCAGUCGCCCAGCCACUCCAUCCGCUCCGUCUCAGACUUGGCGUCCAGUCCGCUGACACUGGGCGUCCAGGACAUCGCCUACAACAAGGUGUAUCUCGGGGAAACGACGGACAGAGAGCUCCGACAGUUCGUGCGCCGCAAGAUGCAGCCGCUGGGCAACCGAGUGUACUACAACGGCGCCGAGGGCAUGGAGCGCGUGCGGAAGGGCAUGUUCGGCUUCCAGGUGGACACCAGCACGGCCUACAAGAUCAUCAGCGAGACGUACACGGAACGCGAGAAGUGCGGCCUCAUGGAAGUCAACCUCUUCCCGCUGCCGCCGCUCUGCGUCGCCACCACCAAGCACGCUGGGUACCGUGAGAUGUUCUCGCAAAGAGUGGGCUGGCAGCGCGAGGUUGGGAUCCUGACGCGGCAGCGCCGGCUGUGGCUGCCCCAGAGACCCGUCUGCGAGAACAUGGUCAGCGGCUUCGUCAGUGUCGGCAUCAUGGACUUCUACCCCGCGCUGCUCGUGCUUCAGUACGGCAUAGCCGGCGCCAUCGCAGUACUCGCCCUGGAGUUGCUGUACUUCCACAGGAGCAGACUGUGGCAGCGUAUGAGAUGCAUCAGUUCGCUGUCUGCAACAAAGCCGCCGGACGUCUAUACCGCCGCCGUCGAUCAGAUAUCCCAGAAGCGGCCCCAGAUGCAGCAUGUGGGAUUCCGAUUGAAAUAACUGAAUACAGUUCUCUGUGAUGGUGAUUUAUGAGAUGAAGAAUUUUGCGCUGUAAUGUUGGGCAUUGAUCAGCUAGAACAUAGAGCACAAGAAACAGAUUCAUUUAAUUACU